GCAUUGCAUUCCCUCCUUACUCUCCCUUUUUCCUUCUCUUUCUUUGUGCUCUCUCCUUGCACCUUGUAAAUUGUGAAACCCCCAUUAUACCAUAACAUCAUUUCCUUUCUUAGUUGUGACUCGACAUAAAGUUAUAAACACAAUGACAAAGACACAUAAAUUCAAAAAAUAAAAAUACACAACAUCUCAUUCCACCACCUUCCAUUUCUUUCUUUCUUUCUUUCAUUCAUACUCGUCACCUCACUUGCAUUGAUCUUAGAUUCAAGAAUGACCAAUAUAACCUUAUCACAACUGCUUCUCUUACUGUUACUGUUGUUGUUGUGGAAUAAUGCAUCUUGUUUACUGCCUCCUCAAGAUGCCGUCUCCCUAAUGGCAUUCAAGUCCAAAGCCGAUCUCAAUAACCGUCUCAACUUCGCCAACACCAGCGCCGCCGCACAACACCGCUUCUGCCACUGGCAAGGAGUCCAAUGCGCCGCAAACAGAGUGGUCCGCCUCGUCAUCCAGGACUUGGAUCUCGGUGGCGUCUUCGCUCCGGACACACUGUCGAAGCUGGACCAGCUCCGGGUGCUGAGCCUUCACAAUAACUCCCUAACCGGACCCAUACCGGACCUCUCAGGUCUCACAAACCUCAAGAGUCUCUUUCUCCACAACAACCGUUUCAACGGUUCUCUCCCUCUUUCACUCUUCUCCCUCCACAGGCUCCGAACCUUGGAUUUCUCCCACAACAACCUCUCCGGUCACAUUCCAAUUGCAUUCACCAAACUCGACCGCCUCUACUCCCUUCGCUUGAGUUGGAACCACUUCAACGGUACCGUUCCUCCUUUCAACCAGUCUUCUCUCAAAACCUUUGACGUUUCCUGCAACAACCUCACCGGCGCCGUUCCCCUCACACCUACAUUGUUCCGUUUUGAUGCUUCCUCUUUCUCUUUCAACCCGGGACUCUGCGGCGAAAUCAUCCACAAGGAAUGCCAUCCGAGUACGCCGUUUUUCGGCCCCAUAGCGGCGUCUUCGCCUCCGCCAGCAGUGGUUCUCGGCCAGAGCACGGAAGUUCACGGCGUUAAUGGCAUUUUCCGGCAGCCGUACGAGAAGAAGCGAGACAGGACGGCAGUGAUUGUGGGAUUCUCCGCGGGAGUGGUUGUUCUCGUGGCAUCGUUGGUGUGCUUCGCGGUGGCCGUGAGGAGGCAGAGGAGGAGCAGCGGAGGAGAAGAGAACAAGAAGGAAGGAGCAAUCAGGUCAGGGUACAUGGGAUCGGAUGCGGCGGCGACGGCGGAGGCAGCGGCGGCAAUGCAGGUGGAGCAAGAAAGAGAGCUGGAGGAGAAGGUGAGGAGGGCACAGGUAGUGGCGAAGAGUGGGAGUUUAGUAUUCUGUGCGGGGGAGGCGCAGGUGUACACGCUGGAGCAGCUGAUGAAGGGUUCUGCGGAGCUUUUAGGGAGAGGGUGUUUGGGCACGACUUACAAGGCGGUUCUUGAUAACCGUCUGAUCGUUACGGUUAAGAGGCUUGAUGCUGGGAAGAUGGGUGCACAUGCAACAAAGGAGGUUUUCGAGCGACACAUGGAAUCAGUGGGUGGCCUUCGCCAUCCCAAUUUGGUUCCUGUAAGGGCUUAUUUUCAGGCUAAGGAUGAGAGGCUCGUUAUCUACGAUUACCAACCCAAUGGCAGCCUCUUCUCCCUCAUUCACGGUUCUAGAUCAAGCAGGGCAAGGCCAUUGCACUGGACAUCGUGCUUAAAAAUAGCAGAAGACGUAGCACAGGGUUUGUCGUACAUCCACCAAGCAUGGAGAUUGGUCCACGGCAAUCUCAAAUCCUCCAAUAUUAUCCUUGGCCCUGAUUUCGAGGCCUGCAUCACGGACUAUUGCCUCACCCUUCUGGCCAACCCAUCAGACUUGCAUGAAGAUGCUGAUUCCGCCGCCUACAGGGCUCCGGAGACUCGCAAUCCCAAGCACCAUCACCAACCAACACCCAAAUCAGACGUUUAUUCAUAUGGGGUUCUGCUCAUGGAGCUUCUCACUGGGAAAUCUCCCUCUGAGGUACCGUUCUUGGUUCCGAACGAUAUGUUGAGUUGGGUGAGGUCCAUAAGGGAUGACAAUGGUGGUGAUGAUAGUAGAAUGGACAUGCUUCUUCAGGUGGCUACGACUUGUAGCUUGACCUCGCCGGAGCAGAGACCCACCAUGUGGCAAGUCUUGAAGAUGUUGCAGGAGAUCAAGGAGAUUGUAUUAUUGGAGAAUAAUACUGAAUUGGACUUGCGGCAGUAGUAGCAGUGCUACCUGUCAUGCGGGAAAUUCAUUCUUUUGAAUUUGAGGGGGUUUACUUAUUUUUACUGUUAUAUAAAUCGUGGAUAGAACUUAGAAAGACAAAAAGAGUAGUGUUAGUUUUAUGAAAAUAAGAUUUAGAUAGAAAUCAAAAGAUGAUGCCUUAUUGUCUGUUGUAAAUAGUAACGUAUUUGCUUUUUUCUUUCGGGUACCUGAUACUAAAUUACUAA